AGAAUGGUCAUUACUCUUGCUUUUCAAAUUGAUUUGGUUUUCAAACUCCAGAACUCUGGGGUGAUUUUAACAAAUUGGUUUACAUUUUGACAGAACAGAGUUAAGUUAAUUAAUAGAUCAGGCACGAAAAAUCAUCCACGGUAGGGUGUAUUUUCUGGUAAAAUGAAAGUUAUAUUUCAGCAUCAUGAACAUCAGGCUUCAGUAAUCUGUUCCUCGUGUGGAAUGAACACUUCCUACUUCGAGCUAGCAGGCACCUACUGUUUAUUUACGCUGCAUUAAACUGACAGCUCAGCAAUCAGAGGAAAAAUAUUACUUACCUUCCUGAAGUAAAUACCAGUUUAUAGGUUAGCGCACGUAUUUAUAUUCCUGUCACCACUAAAUAACGGCUCCGUCUCCAUUUUAAUAUCUACCUGUACUAUAAUCCAGGGCUUCAGGCUCUUCCUGGUUGGGGGUAGGGGUCGAGAGGAGUUUUUCUUAAUCAUUUACCAGUGGCAAAACUUUAAAGCAGAGGAAUAUCUUCUUAUUUCUGUCGUGUGGGAACCGGUUGAAAGGCACGCUAUGCACUUUUGCUUUACAUACGUCAAAUGUAACAUCAAAACCCCAAAAGACUCUGCAUGCCACUUAAAAUCGUCAUCUUAGGGCAACCUCAGGACCAACGCAUCCAAACGCAUCGAAGUGUGUGUUUGUGACACUAACUUUCUGCAAAGUUCCAACGAGAUUACUUAAACUAUCUGAUUACUUAGAGAAUAACUUUGAUCAAGUGUGGUACCUCCCAAGUCUUAGAUGAAAUGGUUCAGUUGUUAAUGGAGAUCUGCCAACGUGAGGACAAAGUGGGGCUCACUGAUUGAUUGACUGACUGAUACUGUUGGCUUUCCUCUGAAAAUAGGCUUGCCCCCUUUGUCUUCUUGUUAAUCUGCCACAUUUAAGAGAGAUUUCAACUUGGUUCUGAUACUAAAUGCACUUGUUGUCUUCUUUUUAAGUUAAAAGCCCCUUCUCUUUCAAGACUCCUGGAAAUACUGCUCAAUAUACUGUGAAAGCUGAAUUCCCAAACUUAUGAUUAACUUGUGAAAAUGCUUAUUUUCACUUAUGUUCUAUAAGUAGCUCUUACACCAUCAUCUACACACGGUUGUCAAUCUCUAAUCAUAUAUUCCAUUGACAUCAGAGCAGAAUGUGGUCUUAAUACAGCAUAUAAAUCAAAUCUGUUACACAAGGUUCUUCUUCUUCACUAUACCAAAGAAAAAGUGUCUACUAUGGUAAUUUAUAUCUCAUUCCUAAGUGCUAUUCUCAAUGGUUAAGUCUAUUUAAACUUGAUGUCUUCAUAGAGUGUGAUCAACACAUUAACACACAUUAUUUAGUACUUUUGAACUUACGCCAACGGUACCUUUUGCUGUUUAUUUUUUUAAAGUCUUUUUUAAGAUCAGAUAUUUCAUUUCAGAGUAAAUAGAUACAGAUUGUGUGUAUAUAUAUUCAGGGUGAGAUUUAGUAGCAGAGCAUUUCUCCAGCAUAUUGGCCUAUUUUUAUUCUUUUAAGUUACUCUGCCUCACUGCCACAGUUGUUGCUGUCUGAAGGUUCAUAAUAGAAAUUCUAAUCACCUCUUUCAGUGGACUUUCAAGGAUGUAAUUCAGUUUAUGUGAUGAUCUAGUUUAGUUAUGAGAGAUGAAAAUUAGUUAACUGGUACCCUAGCAUUUAUGUCCCUAGAUUCUGCUGAAAUUUAUUCAGUCCAGUUAUUUGACAUUUGGUAGUGAAGUAUCUUGUAAUCAAAAAUUAAGAGUUGGUUCAGUUUCCAGUGGAGGAAAGAUCUUGCUGGAUAAAACGUUUAACUGUGCAAUAUUUUAUUACACUCAUCACUCAUUUUAGAGCCCGCUCAUUGUUGCACAAAUUUUUGAGGACCUUGGGGUGCAGGCUCCCCAAAUGAAGCUGAAAACACUCACAGAAGGAGAUGUCAGGCUGCACCUGGUCGUGCCUUUACUAGAAUGUCUGUGGACCUGCAUCGGCCCCCCUCCUCUGCACCCCUUCCUCCCCCCAGGUGUGCAGGAAGUGGAGGGCGUUGUGCUGGGUGAAGUGGGUGGACUCUACCCAGAGCUAUGACCUGAUUUGUGACGCACCCUCAGAACUGCAGUCAUGGUCCAGCUGCUUCACAGGCAACUGGUAACACCUCAUUUGGGGAUGCUUCUGCCCUGCUAGCAGUGCCAGAGAGAACUUCGUCAUUGUCACCUCAUCAAAGACUACUUUUUGCGAGCUCUCCCAUAGGGCUAGAUUUGGAGAGCAGCCUCUGAUAUUUGGAGGGUGAUCUUUAGAGGGUAACUGAGUAUGGAUCAUUUGAACGAGGCAACUCAGGGGAAAGAACAUUCAGAAAUGUCUAACAAUGUGAGCGAUCCGAAGGGUCCACCAGCCAAGAUUGCCCGCCUGGAGCAGAACGGGAGCCCGCUAGGAAGAGGAAGGCUUGGGAGCACAGGUGCAAAAAUGCAGGGAGUGCCUUUAAAACACUCGGGCCAUCUGAUGAAAACCAACCUUAGGAAAGGAACCAUGCUACCAGUUUUCUGCGUGGUGGAACAUUAUGAAAAUGCCAUUGAAUAUGACUGCAAGGAGGAGCAUGCGGAAUUUGUGUUGGUGAGAAAGGAUAUGCUUUUCAACCAGCUGAUAGAAAUGGCAUUGCUGUCUCUGGGUUAUUCGCAUAGCUCUGCUGCCCAGGCCAAAGGGCUAAUCCAGGUCGGAAAGUGGAAUCCAGUGCCACUAUCUUAUGUGACAGACGCCCCUGAUGCUACGGUAGCAGAUAUGCUUCAAGACGUGUAUCAUGUGGUCACAUUGAAAAUUCAGUUACACAGUUGCCCCAAACUAGAAGACUUGCCUCCCGAACAAUGGUCGCACACCACAGUAAGGAAUGCUCUGAAGGACUUACUGAAAGAUAUGAAUCAGAGUUCGUUGGCCAAGGAGUGCCCCCUUUCACAGAGUAUGAUUUCUUCCAUUGUGAACAGCACUUACUAUGCAAAUGUCUCAGCAGCAAAAUGUCAAGAAUUUGGAAGGUGGUACAAACAUUUCAAGAAGACAAAAGAUAUGAUGGUCGAAAUGGAUAGUCUUUCUGAACUAUCCCAGCAAGGUGCCAAUCACGUCAACUUUGGCCAGCAGCCUGUCCCAGGGAACACAGCUGAGCAGCCUCCGUCCCCCGCGCAGCUCUCCCAUGGCAACCAGCCCUCUGUCCGGACCCCUCUACCGAACCUGCACCCUGGGCUUGUGUCAACGCCCAUCAGUCCUCAAUUGGUCAACCAGCAGCUGGUGAUGGCUCAGCUGCUGAACCAGCAGUAUGCAGUGAAUAGACUUUUAGCCCAGCAGUCCUUAAACCAACAAUACUUGAACCACCCUCCCCCUGUCAGUAGAUCUAUGAAUAAGCCUUUGGAGCAACAGGUUUCAACCAACACAGAGGUGUCUUCCGAAAUCUACCAGUGGGUACGUGAUGAACUGAAACGAGCAGGAAUCUCCCAGGCAGUAUUUGCACGUGUGGCUUUUAACAGAACUCAGGGCUUGCUUUCAGAAAUCCUCCGAAAGGAAGAGGACCCCAAGACUGCAUCCCAGUCUUUGCUGGUAAACCUUCGGGCUAUGCAGAAUUUCUUGCAGUUACCAGAAGCUGAAAGAGAUCGAAUUUACCAGGAUGAAAGGGAAAGGAGCUUGAAUGCUGCCUCGGCUAUGGGUCCAGCCCCCCUGAUAAGCACACCGCCCAGCCGCCCUCCCCAGGUGAAAACAGCUACGAUUGCCACUGAGAGGAAUGGGAAACCAGAGAACAAUACCAUGAACAUUAAUGCUUCCAUUUAUGAUGAGAUUCAGCAGGAAAUGAAGCGCGCUAAAGUGUCCCAAGCACUGUUUGCAAAGGUUGCCGCAACCAAAAGCCAGGGGUGGUUGUGUGAGCUGUUACGCUGGAAAGAAGAUCCCUCUCCAGAAAACAGGACUCUGUGGGAGAACCUCUCCAUGAUCCGAAGGUUCCUCAGUCUUCCUCAGCCAGAACGUGAUGCCAUUUAUGAACAGGAGAGCAACGCGGUGCAUCACCAUGGCGACAGGCCGCCCCACAUUAUCCAUGUUCCAGCAGAGCAGAUUCAGAGCCCCUCUCCCACCACCCUUGGGAAAGGAGAGUCUAGAGGCGUUUUCUUACCAGGCCUGCUGACCCCUGCACCAUGGCUCGGUGCUGCUCCUCAGCAGCAGCCGCAGGCGCAGGCGCAGCAGCAGCCGGCGCCGCCACCCCCGCAGGCGCAGGCGCAGCAGCCGGCCGGGCCCCGGCUCCCCCCGCGGCAGCCCACGGUGGCCUCGCCCGCAGAGGCCGAGGACGAGAACCGGCAGAAGACCCGGCCGCGGACGAAAAUUUCCGUGGAAGCCCUGGGCAUCCUCCAGAGUUUCAUCCAAGACGUGGGCCUGUACCCGGACGAAGAGGCCAUCCAGACUCUGUCCGCGCAACUUGACCUUCCCAAGUACACCAUCAUCAAGUUCUUUCAGAACCAGCGGUAUUAUCUCAAGCACCAUGGCAAACUGAAGGACAACUCCGGCUUAGAGGUGGAUGUGGCCGAAUACAAGGAAGAGGAGUUGCUUAAGGAUUUGGAAGAGAGUGCCCAAGACAAAAAUGCUAACACCCUUUUCUCGGUGAAGCUAGAAGAAGAGCUGUCGGUGGAAGGAAACACAGACAUUAACACUGACUUGAAAGACUGAGAUCAAAGUAUUAUUUUCAUUCAACAGUGCCACUGGUAUUUACUAACGACAUGAGAAGUCCACCUUGUAUUCUCUCAGAAAACCUUUGUUGUUCAUGGUUUGGCCAAUGAAUCUUCAGAAACUUGCACAAACAGGAAAGUUGAGAAAGGAUAAUACAGACUGCACUAAAUGUUUUACUCUGUUUUACAAACUGCUUGGCAGCCCCAGGUGAAGCAUCGAGGAUUGUUUGGUAUUUAAAAUUAAAAUUUGUGUUCACGGGACGCAUCGAGGUGCAUACCCGUAAGCAUGAUACCAGUGAUAUCUUUUUUUAAAAAAAAAAAAAUUAUUAUUCUGGAGCCUCAAACAAGCAUUAUAACUUCUGUGAUUAUUAUUUCCUUCCUUUAAUUAUUUCUGUAACACUCCACACUGAUCUUUGGAAACUCGCCCCUUAUUUUAAAAAAAAAAAAAAAGAGUUUGUUACUCUAUUGUAUGUUACAAAAGAACUAUAGACUGUGGAAUGCAGUUUAAAGAUGACAUAUGCCAACAAAUGCCUUGUAUUAUAUGGCACUGCCGUAAUUCAAAUUUGUUUUUAUUUUGGAAAUAAAAGUUCACUGUAAUUUUUUUCAUUCUCAUUGUUACAUGAUUUUUUAAAAAAUGAAAAGAAAAUGUGAAACACAAUUUAGUCCUCAUUAUUUAUUUGUAGAUCCUGCAGCAUCAUGUUGUAAUUAAUUUUUUGGAAGUUUCCGUUAAAUGUAAUAUUGCUUCUCUUGUUACCAUACUGAUUCUUUUCUAUUUAUAAAUGUAUUUUGAUGGGCAGUAAAACAAAGUGUCUUAAAAGUUUUAAAUAGAGAAAAUGUGCUUUACACAGUUGCCUAUAAAAAGUGCUCUAUGUUAUCCAAGCAAUUCAUACUAUAAGCUUCACUCUUAUUGUUGUAUGCAAUUUUUACUAUCAUGCAAAUAAGCUUAGGUAAAUAAAACUAAUAGAUCACCUUAGAAAAUUAUGCAAUUAAUGUGAAAAUAAUGGAUGUUUGCAAUGUGUCUUCCUUUGGUUUACAAUCAAUUUUAAAGCUACAUCUGUAUAAAAUUUCUGUAUAAAGGUGUAUUUCUUUUUUAUGAGUUUAUGGCUAUGAAAACACCAGCUAUUUUGUUACAGCUGGCUGUUUUUAUAAGUGUAUCACAAUUUUCUUUAUGCAGAAAUGUUCUGAUUAGGAGUGGUUAUUGACUGUAACUACACAAUUAAAAUUGUUUGUAUGGUAUGACAUGGUAGGGUUUGUCUGCUUAUGUGAAGUAACUUGAAAGAGUCAAAGAUGGCCCUCUCAGUUAGGUGCAUGUUAAUACUUUCUUGAGGAUAUUUUACCGAUUUUAUAAAGAGCAACUGAAAAGUCACUUGAAACACUGUAAAUUUCAGUCACAAACGUGGUCAUUUUUUUUCAGUUUAACAACAAAGACCAUAGCCUGUUUUUGCUUAACAUUUUGCCUAGCAAACAGAGAGAGCAGGAUGGUCAAAAGACCUGCCAACGAAAACAUAAAUCUAGUCUCUAGGAGUUAUGCACUUAGAAUGAAUUCAUCUGCAUUUAUUUCACAAUAUUUGAUUAUGGCAACGCUUUUUUUAAGCAAAUGUAUAAAUAUUUUAAAGGCCUUUACCAGUAACAUAAAGUAAGUAGGGGAAAAAUGGACCUUCUGUAUAAAAACCUCAUAGUAAGCAAUGUAUUUUUUUAAGUUCUAAGUGGAAUAUGAGUUAACUCGGAGCUCAUUUGGUUGUGUAUGUCAUAACUAUAGGAACUAAAUGAAGAAAAUAAGAAUAACACACCUGGAUCUUAAACACAGUCUUCUGAACUCUCGCAACAUAAAGCUCUGUAAACUCCAAGAUCUAGAAUGAGAUGUGCUAAUCACGGUCGUGGAAGGGAUUGAGGCCAGCGUUGCAGUUUUUGAUUGUUAGUAUUUUGUUUGUAUUCACUUUAUCUUUUGCUGCUUUUUAAGGUUUCCUAGAUGUUAAUAGGGGUAUCCGUCUGGGUUCCUUGAUGGUUGGUUCUGAAAUUGUCCAAUCUCUUCAUGCCUAACGUUUUUCCAGGCCCUGAUGAGCUCAGUGGUACGCAACUGGGCUGCUUUAAUGUUGAACUUUUACUUAAGGAACUAAAAUGGCAUCAUUGAAGACUCCCAAUUCAGCCGUAAAAGUACUAUUUACUUUUGAAGCACAGCUGAACUACGAAGGCAGCUGGUUUGCUGUAACUUAAAAUUGCAUUGAAAAAGUUUUCAGUUCUUUUUAUUAAACGAGAAGACAACUUUUAAACAUUUCUUGCGUAGAGUUCAGAAAAUCACUUGAGCAAACGACAUUUGAAUUAAUAAAAUAGAAGCUAGAUUUCAUGUAUUUAGAAAAGGAAUACAUAGAAACGAGUGUGCCAUAAAGUUUUUUACAAAUUCCUUUCUCCUGCUUUUUCUCCUCUGAGUUUAGGGGAGAAAGGUAGAGCAAAGAGUAGACUUUUAUUUUUUUAACCAGCCCAACAGAAUAUAAGGUGCCAGAAAUUUAAUUUCUUUAGAACGAAAAAUUGGGUUGCAAAUACGAUUUCGCCAUUCACAGUAACCUCAUUUCUUUUGAAAUCGCAUUUUGAAAGAAUUGAUGAGUGUGUGUAAGAAAUCAAUACAAUACUAAUGAAAGUCUCAGACCCUUUAACUUAAGCAGCAUAAUCGUACUAAUAUGAUAUUUUAAGCCAAAAAUUAAAAUAAAAGCACAUAUUAAAAGAGAGUGAUGGUCAUGAUGGAGUGAGCAAAAUUGUUUCCAGGGAAGAUGGCACAAUUUGACAAUGAUUCGUUCGGGUGAUCUUCCACAUUGCUCCCCUGAUGUUUUUUAUUGUUAAUACCUGUCCUCUUACUACAGGUGGCUAUGGUAAACACUCCUUGAACAAGCUUCAUUGUGUCCAAGUAUUUCAGAAACUUUUAAAAGCUGGGCAUGACCUAGCGCUUUGUGCUGUUAAGACCUUAGCAGAGUCAGGUAGUUUGCAGGUAAUAUUCAACCUUGUGCAUCUGAAUCUGUCAUGGAUUCCUUCCCUCAGCACUUUGCCACUAAUUUGUAUUACACUCUGUGGCCAUAUAAUACUUGCACAUUAUGCAAAAAAUAAUGUUGACAGUAUCUCCUUGGCACGUAAUAUGCAGAGUUGACACAUAACCUUUGAAAACCAAGGUAACUAAUAUCUGUGCCCUAGUUGUAUGGCACUUGGUUAAAAAGUCUGUACAUAUUAUGUAUAAAAUGUGUAUUGAUUAACAUUUAGUCCUAAGGAAUUCUGAGCUUAAAAGAAGUGUUCUUUUUUUUUUCCAAGUAGUGAUAUCUAUAUCUAACUGUGCUUAUCUAAAAUAUAUAGCUUGAGUAGAAAACAUUUUCAAAAUGAUUCAACAUUGAGUAAAACUGACAAUCCCGUACAUUCCACUAUUAAAUUCUGCCCUUUUCCCUAUUGUUACCAUCAGCUAAUAUUAAGGUCCUUGAUUGUCACAAUAUUAUCAAUAAAUGAGGUAUUCUGAACUGCCUGGUGAUAUUUUCAAAAGGAGCAAAAUGUGUAUACCCUAUUAUAUAGCCCCCAGAUAGGACUGUCUUGUCAAAGCAAGCCAAAAAUCUGCAUGAUAGUGUGGAAACCAACGAAGGUCCAGAAACAUUUAUCACAUUUAAAAUAUCAGAAGAUACUGAUACUGGAGCUUAUCUUGCAAGUAAAUAUUUUGGACUUUUAAAGGGGGCAUAUUACGGAUUCAGUGUUUCUUCCAAGGCAAUCCUUUCAAUGUAAAUACUAAAUACUUGCAUGUCUUGCAACAGAGGUUAAAUUACAAUCUAUUAACCUGCACAUUUUUGAUAAAAUAUAAAGUACCCUUAAUAAAGAGAUGUGGUGAAAGGUGUAUGUCCAGAAUACUAUUACCUGUUUAACAAUACCAAAUGUUAAAUAAAAGUAGUUUGGAAUUAAUGUUUAAAA